CCAUCAGUUAACAGUCAGACAGUAGCUUCACCUGGAUUCUUUUGGUUAACUGUGGAUAGUUGGACAUUUCUCCAGUCAUGAUUACAGUUUCUUCACCCGUGUUUGCGCUGCUACUGUUUGUGGUUGUUCCUGUGGUGAGGGCCAACUCUGGAGACAAUCUGGCAAGAAAAAGAAGAGAAUGGAUUCUCCCUCCAAAGCCUCUGAAAGAAAAUGUAAACUACACUCAUCAGGAAUCUAUAGUCAAGAUCCGAUCAGAUGUACUUGAUUCAGGCAUUUUGUACUCCCUUGAGGGCAUUGGUGCAAACCAAUUUCCCUUCAAUGUAUUUGUCGUUAACCCUAAAACUGGAUUCAUUCGUGUGACCCAAGUGCUUGACAGGGAGUAUAUUGAUACAUACAAUCUGUCAGGUGUUGCUACAAAAAGUAAUGGCCUUGACGCAGAAAGAAAAAUCGACAUACGAAUCAAGGUUGUAGAUGAAAAUGACAAUGCUCCAAAGUUUGGAGUGAUCAAGAACGGGGAGGUGGAUGAGCUCAGUCUUGCAGGGACAUCAGUAAUGAAAAUCACUGCAACUGAUGCUGAUGAACCAGGGAAUCCAAACUCUCAGAUUGCCUAUAGCAUCAUCGAUCAGAAUCCACCCAAUGACAUGUUUCACAUUACCAAAGAUGGGACAAUCCUCGUUAACAACCCCCUGGAUCGAGAGAAAGCGGAUCAGUACACUUUGACGGUGAAAGGUCAAGACCUAAAUGGCCAAUCAGAGGGAAAAAGUGCAACUAGUACUGUUACCAUUAAUGUGCGGGACGUGAAUGACAAUCUUCCGACUCUGGAAAAAGAGGAGUAUGAGGGCAGCAUUGAGGAGAACACAGAAGGCGUGGAGGUGAUGAGAAUCAAAGCAAAGGACCUAGACCAGGAAGCCACAGACAACUGGGAAGCUGUGUUUGAUAUUAUUAAAGGCAAUGAGGCUGAAUACUUUAGCAUUAGAACAGACCCCAAGACCAAUGAGGGCAUCCUAAUGCUUGACAAGGCAGUGGACUAUGAAGAUGUGAAGGACCUUGACCUAGGACUAGUUGUAAGAAACAAGGCUCCAUUUUUUAAUGGAUCAGGGGUCAAUACUGGAGCUGGUAUAGGUUUCUCAGGUGGAGGAGGAGAAGCUGGUGGAGCAGGUGGGGGAGGUGGGGAGGGGGGAGGGGGGGGGGCAGGUGGCUCUGGUGCAGGAGGUGUGUCUGGAGGAUCAUCAUGGCAAAGUGGGUCUACAUUUAAAACUUAUCCAAUCAAAAUCAAUGUGAAGGAUAAGCAGGAGGGGCCACAUUUUCACCCUAAAGUCAAAGCCAUCCCAAUCUCAGAGGAAGGCCACUCCAUUAACAUGAAAGAUGCUAUUGCCCACUACUUUGCAUUAGAUGGAGACACUGGGAAACCUGCUGAGAAUGUCAGGUAUGCCAAAGGCUCAGACCCUGACAACUGGCUAAACAUCGACCCAGAAACAGCCAAGAUCACACUAAACAAGAUACCUGACAGAGAAUCUCCAUACUUGGUCAAUGGGACAUACAUUGCUAAAGUACUCUGCAUUACAGAUGACAUGCCAAGUAAGACAGCCACUGGCACUGUAGCCAUCCAGGUGGAAGACGUUAAUGACCACUGUCCCACCCUGACCAAUAAUAUCCAAACAAUCUGUACCACGGUUGAUGCUGUCAUUGUGAGUGCUAAAGAUGAGGAUGCAUUCCCUAAUGGACCUCCUUUUGACUUCAUUAUUGUCCCAGAAGGAACUAAGGGCAAGUGGCAGGUGGAGCAUCUCAAUGAUACUGCAGCUAUCCUUAGGGUUCAGGAGUCCGUGUGGCCUGGUUUCUAUGAAGUGAAGCUUGUAGUGAAGGAUGAACAGGGCAAGGCCUGUCCAGAACCACAGAUGGUAAAGGUCCAAGUUUGUACCUGUGAGGAUGGAAUGGUGUGUGCAAAACACGGUGCCAAUGGAGGAGCAGACUUUGGGGCUGCAGGCAUCGGAUUGCUGUUCCUGGGCCUGCUGCUGUUAGCACUCAUUCCUCUGUUGCUGCUCUUCUGCCAAUGUGGGGGGGCUGCAGGUGUUUCAGGAGGCUUUACUGAGAUGCCUUUUGACACCAAAUCACACCUCAUUAACUAUCACACUGAGGGCCAGGGAGAAAACACGGAGGUACCACUGCUGAAUAUGCUACCACAAAUGGAAGGAGAUAUGUUCAACAUGGGUAUAGGCAUGGUUGGCAAAACUUCAGCAAUGGCGCCCAGGGCAACUUUUGAUUUUCAGAAGUCAGUCACUUCCAUGGAUGGGAUUAACAGGGUCCAUCAAGAUGGAUUUGCCGGUGACCACAGAGAAGAAACCUGGGGGAUGAUGAACCAGCCGAGCGCCAGUGGCUUCCACUCUGAGUUUGAAGGCAGAGAAUCAGGAGGAGGUGGAGGAAUUUAUGAUGGCAUGGCUCUGCCAGACCACUUUCUGGAACAGUACUACACUCAGAAGCUGGACAAUGGAAACAAGAACCUUGCAGUGAAGAACAGUCUGUUGGUUUAUGAUUAUGAAGGCCAGGGUUCCUCUGCUGGCUCUGUGGGAUGCUGCAGCCUCCUGGAGUCUGAUGAUGACCUGCAUUUCCUCGAUGAUCUUGGACCAAAGUUUAAGACCCUGGCUGAGGUGUGCGGAGGCAAGCAAAUUCUAACUGAAGUUAAACAAGUGUUCACUCCUGCCGCAAUGAACACACAGACCUCAGUAUCAAGGUUUGUGAAUGAUGAACCACAGCUGCCCCCUCCAACCCAGCUGCAGCCAACUGUCUCCAACAUAGAACAGACUGUAGUCAGGGAUAUAUCUGAGCGUUCAGAUCAGAUGAUCAAUGAGACCAUGACCACAAAGAGACGAGAGAUGGCAAAUCAAGAUCAGAUGCUGUUGGUACAGCAGCAGCAGCCUGUGUACUACACCACAACUCCACGGCUGCAGCCAACGCACUACGUUGUCCAGCCACAGAUUCAGAACACUAUGCUACUAGCUGAGGCACCAGCCAACAACUUACAGGGCAUGGUACUGGUUAACAGCACCCAGACUGGACCUUCCCCAUGUAUGGUCGUUCAGGGUCAGGUAGUAAUGUCUAGUGGACAGUACCAGGGCCCCCAUGUGAUGCUCGUGGAAAGUAAUGGAAUCCAGGUAGAUGGCACUGACCGGAUCUAUGCUGGAAACAUCUGUGGCUCCCAGAUCAUGAUGGUUGAAGAGGACAAGGUCCCUGCAAAGUCAAUGAAAGUGGUGAAAGGGAUCCAGACCUGCCACAUUCCGGGAGGCACUCGACAGCCAGGAGGGCUUUUGAGAUCUCAGAGAGGCCUGGUGGUUGGAGGGCCAACAAGCAAUGGAGGGCAGCUGGUCCAGGAGGCAGAAGGAGUGUCUGAAAAGUGUGAUGUAUCUGGUUCUAUGAGAGUCCUUUGCAGCGAGAGCAGCACAUCCUCUGGCUCUCAGAACCGUGUGGUGGGUUCCUCUAUCAUGUCGAGUGCAACCCCCACUUACCGCAAAAUGGUGAUCCAGCAGACCAGAGAAAUUCAAUGAAGUGUUAUGUGAGAAAUGACAUGGUUAAAUGCAGCUCAUACUGUCAUGGCAGUGUGUCAAGAUUUGUUAUGAGCAGCGCUCUGCAUGUGUAUGUCAGUUUAUUGGUGGAGGGUGUGCUACAGCAGCUUGUCCUAGGAAUUAAGCAACAUGUGCCUGCAUGUUCAUAGUAUAGCUUCAGCUUGACAUUGAUGGUUGCAGUUAAACAACCUCUGUUUGAAGACAGGCAAAUACCAGGCUUUUUGAUAGGACAGAUGAAAAAAAAAUUGUUGAUCCCAAAGUUUUACUCAAUAUGACCCACAAUCAGUCCUUAUUACUCAUUUUGCAAACACACUGUAAGCUCUAUACUCAGUGUUCAAUAUUAUAAGUAGACAUAAUGUUAAAAAAUACAUUUGUGUAAUAACCUGACAGAGUAAGACACUAGAGGGCAUAAGCAGAGCUUAUGUACUAAACAGAAUGAACACAAAUGUAUCUUCUAUGCAAACAACUAGAUGGUAUGUUUAGCCUUAGCUAAAGCAACAGAUUGUCCCUAAUUAAAUUUAGAGAAACUAUGCAUAUCUCAACUUACACAAAAAUGGGGAAAACAUCACAAUAUCAGUGGCUAUCCAACCAACACUAGAAAGAAACAGUACUUAGACAGCUCCAUUGAACAACUGACUGUGUUAUAUUUACUUUUAACAUCGUUAAACAAACUAUGACCAUAUAGCCAAUAAAAAAGUUUUUAAGGGUUUCAGUUUUAUAUUAUUCCUGACCUGGAAAAAGCUGGAAAGAGUUGUGAGUCAACGUAGAAGGUUGUUUCCAAUCAGCUGCAAUUGUCUUGAAGUCAAAAUGUGUGGUCCCCAUACAUGAGAAAACAUAUUGACUAUUAUGAUUGAUGAUUAUUAUUCAGCUGGAAAAAUACAAAUAAACACUUUACAUCAACUGCA